AUGUUUCUCUUACUAAUGAGCCUUUAUCUGCUUGGAUCUGCCAGAGGUCAGCCUGAUGAGCCUUCUGGCUCCAUAGAUCAUCAAGCUUCAGUUCAGCAACUUUCAGGUGAGUACUUUUCACUUGAAAACCCUUCUGACGCUGAGGCUUUAUAUGAGACUUCUUCAGGCCAGAACACUUUAAGUGAGCAUGAUUCCAGUGAGCAUGGUUCAAGUGAGCACACUGUGGCUGAGCACACUUCUGGAGAACAUGCUGAGAGUGAGCAUGCUCCAGGUGAGCCUGCUGUGGCUGAACAUGCUGCCGGUGAGCACGUCUCUGGUGAUCAGCCUUCGGGUGAGCACACCUUGGAUGAACAGCCUUUGGGUGAGCAUGCCUUGGGUGAACAGCCUUCGGGUGAGCAUGCAUCAGGUGAACAGCCUUCGGGUGAGCACACCUUGGGUGAGCAGCCUUCAGGUGAACAGCCUUCGGGUGAGCAUGCCUCCGGUGAACAGACUUCCGGUGAGCACGCCGCGGGUGAACAGCCUUCGGGUGAGCAGUCUUUGGGUGAGCAUGCUUUGAGUGAAAAGACUUCAGGGGAACAGUCUUCAGGUGCAACAAUUUCAAGCACAACUAUAGGCAUAAUAUUAAAUUGCUACGCAUGUGCUUAUAUGAAUGAUCAAGGAAAAUGUCUUCGUGGAGAGGGAAUCUGCACCACUCAGAAUUCCCAGCAGUGCAUGUUAAAGAAGAUCUUUGAAGGUGGAAAACUCCAGUUCAUGGUUCAAGGGUGUGAGAACAUGUGUCCAUCUAUGAAACUCUUCUCCCAUGGAACCAGGAUGCAAAUUAUAUGCUGUAGGAAUCAAUCUUUCUGCAACAAGAUCUAGAAACCUGGGCCCUUGCUUCUUAUUUUGACUCAGGCAGCAAAAAGCCUCCAUCACUCUGUUUGGUUCAUUUUAUAUUUAGUUCUUUUCCCAGUCAACAACUGACCACAUCUGCCUCUGCUUGAGCAUUAGGACGCGCAAACAUCCUAUCUUUCUUCCCCUAUUCAUGCUUUUAUCCAUUCUUCUCUGUCCUGUCUCCCCUACUCCAACUCUGUAUCUCAAUAUUCCUGAUGUUUUUUUCAAUAAAUUUCACAUAGUUCAAGAACAUAGGCUCAAGAUACUUUUUUUUUCCAUCAAUCUAGUUGCAGGGUCAACAUGAGCUUUCUUCCACUCUGACGCUAAAGUGGGUUUAUUUUGUAAGCAUUCCAUAUUUAUGAAGGAGUCUCCAAGGGCAGAGACAACAAAGAGGAAUGCAAAGUAGGUAUUAAUCUUUUAAAGAGGUGUAAACAACAUUGCAGAUACUUCUGACACCCCCACUUUUUCAUCCCUGUAUUCCCCCACACUCUUCCAUUUCUUAUAGCAUAUAAAACUCAACUUUUCUUUAGCUCUUGAGUUUCCAGUCUUUAGUAGGCCACUAUUAACAUAAUGAUAAUAGUAAAAUGAUUUAUUAUUUGCUAUAUAUUACAGCAGUUCCUAAUGCUUAAAUCAAUUUUCACACACAAUGUUACUUAAUCAUCUACUCAGGAUAGGAGGGCAAAUGGAAAUACUAAAUAGUCCCUCAACCUAUGUAAGUAUUAUGUUCUUCAAGGUGUUUCACAUACAUGGUCUCAUCUAAUCCUCAGGAAAGAGCCCAGAAGGGUAGACAGGAAAGAUGGCAUCCUCCUUUUUUUACAAAUAAGGAAAGGUGACACGGAGAUGUUUUCUUUAUUCACACUCCAUGUUGUUCCAAAUUUACCAAGGUUACAGAAGUAGUGAGAGCUAUAGGCAGAUUCUGAAACCAGAUCUGCAUAAGCUAAAUCUGAGCUGUUUCCACCAUACUGAUAGUAGCCAGAAUGGUUCUAAGAACUCUUAGAAUAGUACAACAGUAAGUCAAUUUUACUGCAUAUAAAAUUUAAAAUUUCAACAUAUGUACAC